CAAUGGCGUCUGUUAGUAGCUUCCCAGAUUUCGCUGUAGUUUGCUCGUUUUUGGAGCGCUACGGCGAGCAUCUUCAGCUGCCAGAGGUCUCCAUCACGGACCUGGAGACAGCCAUCGGCUAUGCCCACUGUGUUCCUCCACUGCUAAAGGACGUCAUCAUCAAGCUGAUGAGGAAGACAAGGAAAUCUUUCUCGUUGGAAAAGUGGCAACGCUACCUUGCCAAGAUGUGCCGAGAACGUUUCUCAGAAGUGGCAGCUUGGGAAGUAGAGAGGUUUGGCUUUGCAGCCAGCAAGCCCCAGAUCAAGAUUGCUGUGCUCAGGUUUCUCUGCGAGAGCCAGUUUGAUGACAACUUAAAGUUCAAGGCCAUCGUGAACGAGGAGGACGCGGAGAAGAUGCGGGCCGAGCCCGUGGGAAGGGACAAGAUGGGCCUGGUCUACUGGUUCCACAAGGAUGAAGAUGUGAACAUUCGUAUUUACCGUGAAGAACAAGACGACCAGGACAGCUCCACUUGGGAAAUGAUCUCAAACGAUCGGGACCAGAUGGAGAACCUAAUCAGAGCCCUACGGAGUGGCACCAAUGUCGUGGCUGGCCAAGGGAAGGAGGAAGACACGGAGUCGACUGCCGGCUCAGACACCAGUUCCAACAAGACCGAUGCCAAGAGCAGUAAGGAACAGACGACCAAUGACCAUGAGUCUGUGAACACCAAACAACAGAAGCAGUCAAAUGACCAAGAUGACAAAGAAUCAGUUGAGAAGAUGGAAGAAAGUAGAGAUGCGCCUGUGCAGCAUCCUGUAGACGUCAAAGUUGAAAAGAGGACAGUAGGUCAAGAUCAGGCUAGAGUUGUCGAAGACACAAAGGAGAAUGUUGCCAUCAAAACUGAAAUUUUAGAGGAGCAAGAAACUAAGCCAGUUCCCAAAGAUGAACCAAAUCAGACACCAGCCGAUGCUGGCAAGGAUGAAGAAACAAAGCCAGUUCCCAAAGAUGAACCAAAUCAGACACCAGCCGAUGCUGGCAGGGAGGAAGAAACAAAGCCAGUUCCCAAAGAUGAACCAAAUCAGGCACCAGCCGAUGCUUGCAAGGAGAAAGAAACUAAGCCAGUUCCCAAAGAUGAACCAAAUCAGGCACCAGCCGAUGCUUGCAAGGAGAAAGAAACUAAGCCAGUUCCCAAAGAUGAACCAAAUCAGACACCAGCCGAUGCUUGCAAGGAGGAAGAAACUAAGCCAGUUCCCAAAGAUGAACCAAAGCAGACACCAGCCGAUGCUUGCAAGGAGGAAGAAACUAAGCCAGUUCCCAAAGAUGAACCAAAUCAGGCACCAGCCGAUGCUUGCAAGGAGAAAGAAACUAAGCCAGUUCCCAAAGAUGAACCAAAUCAGACACCAGCUGAUGCUGCCAAGCUUAAGACAGAAAAUCAGGUUGUGUUACCACCAAAAAUAGAGGAGGAAGGAGAUGCAGUAAAGGAAGUGAAGGAAGACACAACAGUCAGUGACGAAAAAGAGAGCUUGAAAGAUAUUGCGCAGACCUCGCCUAAGAAUGAAUGGAGGGAAGAGAAAGAAACAAUCGAUGGAAAUUGUAAGGAUGCCAAGACUGGAGAGACUGAUACAUCAGAGAAAUCUGAAAUGGAUGGCAGCAAGGAGGAAGAAGGAGAUAAAGAAGGGUCAAAAGAGGAUGAUGGAGUACAAUGCAGUAAGGAGAGAAGUGAAAAGCAGAUGAUGGAAGAAUACGGCAGUGAGGGUUUAGAGGAGGAUACAAAGUCUAAACUAAACCUUCCCGAAGAUGGUGGCAAACAAGCAACCAAACCAGAGAGCAAGGAGGAGCAAGUUGUCAAGGACUCGGAGGAGGGAGAAAGGGCAGGUGGUGAUGAGAAGCCGACGGAGGAAAAGGAGAAGACGGAAGUGAAGGCCAAGCCUGUCGGCAGGCCCAAGAAGGUCGGCAAGAAGCGCAAGAAAAAAAGUGCCCGGAGCCGGUUCACGCCCCGCCGGAAUGCCUCCCGCAAGGCGGCCGCCAAGAUUGAGGAGGAGAUGAAGGAGGAGGUUGAGGAGGAGGAGGAGGAGAAAGAAGAUUGUGGGCCAGCUGGAGAGGAUGACAGCCCCUGCUGCAAAUGUGGAAUGUAUAACCAUCCGGAAUGGAUACUCCUGUGUGACAAGUGUGACUCGGGUUACCACACGGCAUGUCUACGGCCCCCUCUAAUGAUCAUACCUGAGGGCAACUGGUACUGUCCCAAUUGUGAGCAUGAGAAGCUUGUUGACAAGCUGGCAGAGAUGCUGACGGAAGUUGACGCUAGUCUGAAGAAAAAGGAAAGAAAACGGAAACGAAAGGAUGGCUCGGCACUCUGGGCGCUCACCGAUAUAUGCAUGCACAACAUCCUCCCUGAUGAGAUGGUCAAAGUUAGGAAGCAAAGGCACGCUGUGGCCCUACGUCACACCUCGUCCACCUUCCGCCAGGGAUUGAGGAGUCCCAGUGACGACUCGCGUUCCAGGCACCACCGACGAAAGCACCGCCACCACCACCAUCAUCACCACCGGCAACAAGAGCAAGGGCAGCAGCAGCAUCAUAGACGAUCGCGCCGAGACCGUUCCCGGGACCGUGACCGGGCGUGGCGCUGGCGGGAGCAGAGCCUACGGGAUCGCAACUUCAUCAACGACAACGAGGAUGACGAGGACAACGAGGGCCAAGAAGGAGAAGAGGAGUUUGAGAUGGUCCAGCGACGCUCCCGCCGUGCCCGGAAGGAGAUCAGCUACAAGUUUGAGGACUUUGAAACGGCCAUCAACUCGGCCAUUCAAGAGGAAGUUGUGGAACACAAGAAAGCCGUCAAGGAGUACCAGGCCACCCGCCCAAUCAGCCGCGGCAAGGAUAUCUCCACCAUCGAGGGCCUGAAGGAGAGCAGCGAGGAUGAGGCCAAGGAGCGGAGGUCGAGGCGGAAGAGCAAGAGGCGGCUGGGAGACCUGGACGCCACCAGCGAGGAGGAGGAGGACGUCAGCGACGACUUUCAGAUGGACAGUGACGCUGCCAGCGACCAGGACUAUGAAGAAGAAGUGGAGGAGGAAGCCGACGAGGACAGCUACGUCAGCGAGGCGAGCGACUACUUGGAUGCGCCGCGGCGGAAACGCUCCAGGGGCUACUCCAAGUGGAGCAGCCUGCCCAAGAGGCGCAGCGAGCGUCGGCGUAAGCGGGUACGGUACCGAGACUACUCAGAGGAGGAAGACUUUGAGUCAGCAGAAAGUGAACAGUACAGUGAAUACAGUGACGAGAGUGAAAGUAAGUCAAGGAGGAGAAAGCAAGCCAGGCCCAGACGGGAUUCCUCAGAAGAGGGCCAAUCAGAUUACAGCUCGUAUCAGUCGGACCAAUCAGGGAGUGCGAACAGACGGUCAAAGAACAAGCGCCGACUAGAGUCCGAAUCAGAGUCUUCGGAGAACGCUGGCUAUGUUCGGAAGCGCAAAUUCCGGUUAGAGAGCGACGAAGAGGACGAAACCGAAGACAUUGCUGAUAAAAAGUCAGUCAGGAAGGAUGAUUCACCUAGUUCAGAGGAGGAGGGUCAGGAGAGCGGACCUGUUGUGAGGAAAAAGACGGCCCCGGUGGCUCAUCACAAAAGGAAAAAGUACACGGAAGACAGCGAUUACAGUCCCAGUGAAGCUGGGGGGAGGCGAUCAAGGUAUUCAUCCAAACAAGUGGAUUAUCGGAAGAUGGCUGCAGAGAGCGAUUCCGAGGAAGAGGAGGAUUAUGAAGAAGAAGAGGAGGAAGAAGAAGAUGAUGACAAUGAUGACGAUUAUGAUGAUAAUGAGGGAGAAAGCGAGAUUGAGACGUAUGCCAAAACUAAAGAAGUCCAGGGAACAGAUCGGAACAAAGCCUUUGUCGAGACGGAAAAAGACUCCAACAAAGAGAACGAGCAGGCAGAGCAGCUUUCCAAGCAGCAGGUGGAUUCCGAGGAGGCUCGAGCGAAGGACCCUGUUAGGAGGGCAGAGGAUUUCCCCAGCAAGUCGGCCGUCGCCCCACCCGUCAGCAACGGCACGACGCUGAAUGGAGGCUGCAGCGGAACGAUUGUCAACGGCAACGGCUCCUCGGGAAACGGGGAGGGCAUCUCGACGGGUGAGGAUGAGGAUGACCUCCUGGGCGUGACGGACCUUGUGGAGUACGUCACUCAAGAUGUAUAAAGGGUCUGUUACAUCAUGUUCAUUUCCAUCCGAGUAAACCAUUUUUUUAUUGUGUACCUUUCAAGGAAACAUCAGUGGGUGAGGUAGUUCUUUUUCACCUGUUUUACACCUGUUCGCUUUUACACCUCUUAAUUUCUCCACGUGCAUGUAGCCUAGACGUGCUUCUACAUCCACCUAAAAUGAUGCUCUUCAAACUGAUGUAACACGUCAUUUUAGUGGUACAUGUAUUAACCUGAUGUGUGCCAUAUUCGUCCUGUUUUGAAUGCGGAUACAUCCCUACGGCCGGGGAUGCCAGGGUGUGUAACAUCUGGAAAUGUAUUGUGUAAACUAGGAUGUUCAGGGUACGGUACUCAAAACGGGUGAGGAAGGGGUAAAGGGUGGGUCGUUAUCUUUGUGGGUACAAAAGUUACAGCCUUGAGCCUUGACCACCUCAGAUCCACUGUAUCCACCAGCAGACCAGGAGAUUUGGGGGGAAAUUUACCGGGUCAAAGCUCGCGCCCAGCCGCAGUUACCGUCGAUUGGCAAACCUUCAUUUUAACAUUGGAUCCCAUGCAGUGAUGGAUCUUUCAAGUUCAGUGAAGAUAACAUGUAUAUUAACAAAGGUAAAAAAAAAUGCUGAAUUGGAGCAAUCAAAGCUACAAAUCUGAAAGCCACCGUAAAAUUUUACAGCACGCAGUGUGAGUACAGCACACAGUACAUUGUACAUGUUCACAUCCAGUGGGACUCUGCAGUAUAUCGUAAUGUGCUGAAUAUUCAGUAUUAUGCAAAUGCCAGAGCUGAAUGUUUCAAAGUAAAUUCCAGAGGAAUUAGGUGACUGCUUAAUCAUGCUCUUCAAUCAACUUGCCGUUCUCUCAUUAAGGCAAAGGUUACUACUGUCCUUGUAAUUUAUAGAAUUUCCCAUGAAUUUCUUGUCACAGUUCUCAAGAAAUUGGCAUUUUUUCAACCUUGUGAUUCAACAUGGCAAUCGCUGCUUAGAAAUUUAGAAUACUGUGGUUAUAUUUGGAUCGUCAUCCGUCCCGAACAGUCCUGAAUUCCAAUUUCAGUAUUUUUUCAGUCACUGCAAGGGAUAAGGAUCGAAACAAACCACCUUUUAUUUUGUAAAAGAUAAUGGGCCGAUAAAAUGGUUUUCCACCCAUAGAAGUUAAUUCGAAGAGUUUUAUAGUAAACGCACAAAACUCUCUACUCUGACCCGCUCGAACUACAACCAUGACGCAGACACUUUUUCUCCACGGUACACCAAAGACCAAAAUAUUCAAUCCAUUUGGAAUUCUGUGAUGACGCUGGUGGGUUGCAGUAGAGGUCAUUUCCUUCUCACAGCGGCAUCCAAUAGUCAUGUUCCUACUGACCGGGAAAUCAACAGUCAGUAAAUCCUGUUUUGUAAAGGCCUUCAUUCAGUUACUAAUGCAGCCCAUGCGUCAUGUGCAUGUACUCUCAGGUUCCCUAACAAGGUCAAAGGGUCAUGUAAUACAUGUACCUGAUAGUACACCUUCCUUUUCGCUGCCGCUUCACCUACAUGUAGGUGCAACCUUUGCCAGGCAGAGGUUACUAAACUGCCGCUGCACAGAACAAAAUAAUUCACGGAAAUGUGAAUAAAAUACCUCUACGUUUCAAGGCAGUAUGUUAUGGCGUGUAUUCGAUAACACACUGAGCAGCCGAAAGCGGUGUCGACACGGCACACAAAGACACGUAGAAGAAUACUCUUUAGAAAAUACGCUUAGCUUAUGUCACGUUUCGUCUGGAGACUUUUGCCAAGUACGGUCAAUUUUUGGGGGGCGAAGUAGACUAGACGGCCAUACAGAAUGGCGCCAGGUGUUCGCGAAUGAAAGGAAGGUCUGCAAAGCGAGAAGAGGUGUGCGCGGUCUUGCAUUUGGAGAACUGCACUGUCACGAAGUACAGAUCCUGUAAAUGCCGGAUGCUGUUUAAAAUUCGGUGAAAUUUCCACUUCAGAUUCAAGCUCUCCCGUUGUUUUGGAAAAUUCAGCCUCGAGCUUCCGGGAAAUAAUCUAGUACUAGCACAAACAACAUCAACGCCCACCCACGCUUUUCUUUGGUUUGUACAAAUGUAAUCUUCUGUCAUCAAUAUUUGAAUUCAGUACCAAAGGGAUGUAAUAAUGCGUUGCAUAAUUCAUGACAGGGUUUUUUUUAAAUGUAGUACAUGUACAUCGGAAUUUGUGACCACGGUCAAGGCUCAACUCUCAUGCAUUUUAGCGUGGACCCAGAAUUUGUGAUCCAGUGGUCACGUUUGGAUCUUUAUGCUGGAAGGUGAACGGCGCGAAGUCUUGGGAAAGCACUUCAUUUGUUACCUUUCUGUCAAAGAACACGAAAACGGGUGUGGGUGCACAGCUUUUGUCUUUCUUAACGUGUGAACGUCGGCAGCAAGCAACCGUUGGUUACAUGUGUAUUAUUUUACCUGUACGGGAAUCUUCGAUGUACGUAUUUAUUAUGUACAGUAGGUUCGAAUUUGGGCAGUUAAUGUUGGAUGUUAGUCAGAAUGGAGGUUCGUCACACAGUUUUUAUAGACUUUAAUAAAGUCUGACAUACGACACAAGCAGGAGCUCGGGUACAAUAGGAAAUCAGCCCCAUAGUAUUUACUUUCCGCCAGAAUUUAGAGAACAAUAUCGUCGACGGUGAAUGCAUGCGCAAGCUGCCACGCCGUAAAGGUCGCCUGUAAAUGUUGUUCGCGGAAACAAAGAACAGUCCCCCUUUUGCCCGUCAUGUGCGAGUGGGUUUUGUUCGCGUGGGGCCUAGGCAUGGAUACGGAACCAAACGUUGCAACCCAUCGAAAAAUACCCGAGAAAUCCCAAAUUGGUAUUUACCACGCAAUGCGGUGUUGCCGCUGGUGAAUGUUGAUGUCAAAUCGUUUGACAGAAACCGUCUGUAAAUUUUUGUUGGUCCUUCCCAGACACGGCAGAUGUGAAUGGUUCUGUUUUCUAGUUGGGUAUUUCGUCAUUCGCCCGUGUAUUGACGGUGCUGGAAGGCAGGAGAAACACAUUCAUUCAGUAUGCGUACUGUCAGCCACAGUGCGAGUCAAUUUGGAGUCUAAACCGUGGGCGUGGUCAGGAUAUUUGCCAAGUUGGGGGGGGGGGCAAAGCACUCAUCGGCAAUUUACUGAUAAACAGUAACAUUGGGAGGCGGUCAGUUCUGAGGGUGUUUUGUGGUUUUGUUUUGUAAUUUGUUUUCCAAGCACUGGUGAUUUCAACACACCGAGAAAUUUGUACUCUUUUUCCUAUUUUAUAUUGUUCAGUGUUUGUGGUCACCCAUCGCGACAACAAUGGCCCAAACAUGAUUCAGCUAAAACUUUUGAAAGGAGACUUGCACCCAGUCUCUGACUUGCACGACUGCAGGGCGCACCUGCGUGACCCAAAGCGACCUCUCUGUUGACUUAUUACAAUAAACCACGAGUGAAUGGUUCGAAAAAAAGUUUAAUAGGGAAGCCCAUUGAGUACAUUAUUACUAGUGACAGCUGCCAGUGUCACAAGCAUUUUGAAGUUUUCUUAGACAAAAAUACUGUCUUCAUUCCGACAACUAUCUUUAAGUAGGGUUUUUACAUGUAGCAGGAAAAAUGACAAUUUUAACUUAACAAAUUUGUCCUUAAUAUUUUCCCCAUGCGGCACUUCCUCAUCAUGUACAUAAUCACUUUCAAUCCGGGCAUUUCACUAUAGUGCGCCACCAAGAGUUUGCAACGCGUUGGCCAAUCACUGUGCGUGUUUGGAAACGAUGGAGAGAUUUGGCGCAUUGUGAUUGGCCAACGCGUUGCAAAGUCUUGGAGGCGCACUAUUGCGACUCUCACGUGUUCAAUUCUUUGUUGUCCAAAAAAAUGGAAAUUCUUCUUGUUCGCUUUACAUACACAUUCAUGACGCAUCGGCAUAAUAUAACACCGCAGUAUGCAUCCCUAUUUGUGACCCAGCCUUCAAAUCGAGUCACAAGUCCCCGGAGCAACCUUUUGAGUGGAAGACCUUUGAGAGAAUCGUGCCCGUGCAAAUUGACAGGAACCCUCAACAUUUUUCGCCCAUUAUUGCUGUCCAUUUUUCAUCAGGACGCCCCGAAUUCGUGAUACAUCGAAACAAAGAACCCACUUUGAUCUCUCUCGUGCAAACUAGAAUAAAAUCAGAUAUCAAAAAUAUGGCCUGAAGACUCAUCUUGUGGGAUCAGGUCACGCUUUGGUCUGGUGGCAGUGUGAUUUGCCUCCAUUUUGUGGAGGAUGGAGGAGGUGUGGCCACGCCCACCAUUGGGUGUGAUUCUGGGAGCUGCUACACCCGGUAUACGCAGAAAUGCCAAGUGCUGCAGCCACGAUCCCGUGUGUUGCGCAUUUCUUGUGGCUGGUUCUCAUCGGAAUUUAUUCUUAUUUAUUAAGCGGUAAUAUUUGUGUACUACACAGUUAACAGCUCAUUAAUGUUAAUACCCGACGGAAAUGAAAUAGAAUGCACCACCAAACACUUUUUAUAACAGAGUUGGACAUAUUUAGCUGUAUCGUCACAUUGUAUCAAGGGCUAGGGAAUGAAUAUCCUAUGAAAUCCGGUUUAGAUUCCAUGGGAAAAAUUGAAACUGCUGCUAUUGCAGUCCGGAUUCCGCGUUUACACCGCUUUUGUGCUUCACACUGUGCUUGUGCCCCUUUUGGUUCAACCUUGAUCCUUAUUUAAAGUGAUGAAUUUAGCUCAACAGCCGAGAAUUGUAAUUCCACAGUGAUUUGGUUUCGUAUGCUCCUGUGUUCGUCGUUUGUUGUGUUAAUAGGCCCAUAGUCUGACAGUUAUGGCGUCACUGUAGAUCUGUUCUCGUAGCAUCUUCGUGUACAUAGAUGUAUGAAUACCAUGUGUACCGUUACUAUCUGAAUAAACCGUAAUCUUGAUCUCGAUUGACACGUA